UUUCAACUCCGUCAGGACAACUGUGAGGGGUGGGGGGGAGCAAGUCGAAGUCAUAAAAAACAGAGAGAAGUAACGGAAUACAAGAGAAAAUAGUCCACCAAACUGAUCGAGAUUAAUCGGGCACUUACUCCUGUCAUUGGACCAACUGGCGUUAGAAAGGGUGUUGGACACUCCCCUUGCCCAGCGACAGAAUGGGACAAUAGCUGUGGGUGUUGGAUAUCGUGCCUCCCCCCUCCUCUUAGUUUUCCCCUCCUACAUAUCCAGGACACAUACACAAUUUCUCUCACAUAAUACACACCCCAUGACCACUCUGGCCCCCACAAGCUAUGUCAUCCUUUGCUGUGAAGGGGCCAUGAGGGUUGUACUGGAUUUCUCAUGAGUGCUGCUGUUAAGGACCCUUGGGGAACAAAACUUGGGGAACAAGACAAUCCGUUUCCUUCAAGUGGACACUUCCUCCUGGUUCCUACUGUUCUGGUGGAGUUGACAGAAGCUUGGGUAAAUCAUUAUAUCAUGACAACACCAGAGGACCACUGGCAGUUUUGUUUUGAGUCAUAUAUUAAAAGCCUGAAAGACUGCCAAUCAUUUAUCUGACUCUCAAACUUGGAGUACUGCUUCCUUGGCCCUCACCAUGUUCACGCUGCAGUCCAAAUGGCGCUACCUGAUCAUGCUCUUGGGUGUCCAGUUGGUAGUCAUGGCUAUUCUCUCCAGAGAGGGCUACCAGAAAAAAGUGUCCUAUUUUUUUCGGAUUUUCCGUAAACCGGAUUCUGCAGGGGGAAAUGUAGUCGGUGGGCGGAACCACACGGACGUCUAUGCCAACCUUUCCCUACUGGGCCACACUCUGACUAAAGAUGACCUGCCCUACUGCCCCAAGCAGUCUCCUCUGAUUGGUGGACCAAUCCAUGUCACCUUCCCUUCUGGGCUUACACUUGCCGAGGUGGAGAGAAAGAAUCCACUUGUUGUCCGUGGGGGGCGCUAUAGGCCACCGAACUGCGAGGCACGCCACCGAACUGCUAUAAUCAUUCCCCAUAGAAGUAGAGAGCAUCACCUUAAGUUCCUCCUCUACUAUCUGCAUCCCUUUCUUCAGCGUCAGCAGCUCAACUAUGGCAUCUAUAUCAUUCACCAGGCUGGUAAUUACACCUUUAACAGAGCGAAGUUGAUGAAUGUGGGUUUUCGUGAGGCCAUGAGGGAGGAGGAUUGGGACUGUCUCUUCUUCCAUGACGUAGACCUGAUUCCCGAAGAUGACCGCAACACUUACAUCUGCGACACUCACCCCAAACAUGCCGCUAUUGCCAUGGACAAAUUUGGCUACAAGUUGCCUUACAAGAUGUAUUUUGGAGGAGUGUCAGCUCUGACACCUAGGCAGUACCUCAAGAUGAAUGGGUUCCCAAACAAUUACUGGGGCUGGGGAGGCGAAGAUGACGACAUCGGAAUCCGGGUUUCACUCGGAGGAAUGCUGAUCAGUCGCCCUGCUGUAAAAGUGGGCAGAUAUAAAAUGAUCAAACACAAGCAUGACAAGGGCAAUGAAGUGAAUCCCAGAAGGUUUAACAUGUUGGCAAAAACCCGGCAUACAUGGAAAGUGGACGGUAUGAACACGGUGGAGUACGAGAUUGUGUCUCGGGAUUACCAACCACUUUACACCAACAUCACCGUCAACAUUGGCACAGAGAAAGGCCUGUAUCUGGCAAAAAAAGCUGCUUCCUAGUCAGACUAGCCAAGCAGUCUUUCCUUGUGCCAGUGCAGCACAGCCUGCAGAACUCUUUCUCCAUAUACACUGGCCAGUGAUUCAAAAGAGACAUCCUGCCUUUAUUGCACCACAGACCUUGUUUCUGUGACUGUGGUGCCACCUAGUGGUCCCAAUAUUCUCUGCCUAUUUGGUCUGUUCUUCCCCAAAUUUUGACAUCUUAUACUGGUUCAAUUUCUCCUUCAGGAUGCAGAAGAUAACUGGUACUGACCUUUCCAGGAACUCAUGGCCUCUUCAGUGAAGGAUCACUCUGAAGGAAGAAUGUGUUUCCCAAUGGACAAACUCUUCGUACAUCCUCUGUGCCCAAGGGCACCAUUAAAAACCUCUGUUGCCUUAGAAUCAAGCUGCACUCUCUCCUUACAUUUCUCAUAUGAUGACUGAAGUGUUGCCCAUGGUUGACAUAGAGAUGGUUAAAUUCGUUUUCUGCCACUGCAUAAGAAGCAUUGUUUGCUGCACUACUCCGUGUCCGGUGCAUUAUGUCCAGUAAAUUAGUACUGUAACUUUAUGCAGGUGUGUGGAGUGGAGUUUUUUUUUUUUUUUUUUUAAUGGGAUAGUUCACCCAAAAAUUACAAAUUUAAAUUUGGUUAUUUUAUUCACUCUCAUGUUGUUAUAAAUGCAUAUGAUUUUUUUUUUUUUUCCACAAAAGAAGAAUUUACAUUUUUAGUUGAACUAUUUCUUUAAUCUUUCAUUUUGAGUAACUCCAACUCUGGCCUCUUUUUGGUAGUAAUAACCACUUUACAUGUACUGGUGUUUUUCAUUUUUAUUUAUUAAUUCCCGAAUUGUCGUUAUUGCGCUUGGUUGGCUUUAUAAUCAAUGCGCUUCCAUUCAAGACAUCAUAUUUUACCUGCAUGAAUUUCUGUUGCAUUUUUUUGUUUGAUUUGCUUGAUUGAGCAUUUGUAAUGGUUUUUCUUUUGGCUCUAUUAGUGAUAGGCAUGUUGAAUAUAUCUCUAUCACUCCGUUUGGUGAGAGAACAUAUCACAUCAGUUCAGAAAGCAUUGUCACCCGAGUCAAAUUGAAAUGUUUGCUAACACACCUAAUUAUACAAACUUAAGCUUUGAAUCCGUUUCCGUUUCCUUUUGACCGCACAGCUUGUUAAUUCAAAUGAAAUUGACCAACCAAUUAUACAGUUCUAUCUGAAAAAUUGUUAGAAAAACAUUGAAGCUCAUUGAUAGAAACACAAGCAGAAAGAAUUUGUGCAAAUUGUUUGGAAAACCUCGCGUAAACUGUUCCAAUGAAUUGAGCAUCCUAAAGUUUGUACAACCGUACUUAAAGAAAUUGGUAGAUUGAAUUAAGGUUUAAGCAUGAUUUAGAAUUCAUUCUGCUUGUGUUAAAUGAAUGAAGCCCUUUAUUAUUUCUCUGCGAUUGCAUGAUUCAAUUUCAUUUUUGUACAUUUCAAACAUUUCAUAACUGCAACAUUUCUCAUCAAUUUUGGGAAAUAUCAGCAUCAGUUUUACUUUGAAUACUAAGAAUUAGACUGAAUUAUGGCCUUCACUGGCUAAUGUUAACCUCAAAUAUGCCAAUACCUUCUACCAAGCUGAUUAAUAAACCUUAGAAACACUUAUGUUGUUCAGUCCCUCCACAUUUUGAAAGGGGCUCUUUUACUGUCAGGUUGCCAGAGACAUGGAUGUAGUAGACUGCUCAGUCCAUAUGUAUCAGUAAAUGAGUGUAUGGUUGUCUGCAUCUCAAAUGUGUAUAUGUAUGAUGGAGUUUGUUAGACUGACAGAACUGGAUGAUCAUAUGUUGUUUGUUUCAGAUACUGUUUGUUCUGAAUGUUUAAGAUGAAUGUACAGCUCUGCUUUCUUCCAGUGAAUCUCAUGAAAGCAUGUCUGGGUCAUAUUUCAUAAUGAAAAUUGGAAACUGCAUUAUGCUUUAAAAAUGAAUAAAGCCCAUUUUUAGGAUCAUUAGGUUUUUUUGCAUUGUGACAUUUUGAUAUUAAGCAAAUUUUUUCUCAAAUUCUCAUUAGCGUAAUGCAUCUGUAUAUUUUACUUUUGAGAUCUUAUUUUCAUUUCAUAUGUUCAUUUUAUAGUCAUUUUGUUAUUUCAUUUGUUCGCAGUGACGAUUCUCAGUAAUAGUAUUUUUAGUAUCAACAGUAGAGGUUUUUGAAUGUCACAAUACAAAAAAAUAAAACAAGUCUUAAAGGGAUAGUUCAACCAAAAAACAAAAUACACUCAUCAUUUAAUCAACCUCAUGCCAUCCCAGAUGUGUAUGACUUUCACUGAACACAAAGAUUUUUAGAAUAAUAUUUCAGCUCUGUAGGUCCAUACAAUGCAAGUGAAUGGUGAUCAGGCCUUUUGAAGCACCAAAAAAGAGAUUAAUUAGCAUAAAAGUAAUCCAUAUGACUCCAGUGGUCUAAUCAAUGUCUUUUGAAGUGAUCCAGUUGGUUUUGGGUGAAAAAAGUGAAAAUAUUACUUUGUCACUUUACAUCUUGCCAUUGCAGUCUCUAGGCCCAAUCAUGAUUUCAAGCUCAAUUACAAUUCCUAGUGCUUGGUGCAGAGUGCUAGAUGGCUCUAUAGGAAGUAUAAUUGAGCUUGAAAUCAUGAUCGCCAAGGAGACUGCAGAUGUCAACAUGUACUGUGAAAAAAGUUGUUACAUUUUGGUCUGUUCUCACCCAAAACCAACUGGAUCGCUUCAGAAGACAUUGAUUAAACCACUGGAGUCUGAUGGAUUGUUUAUGCUUGUUUAUGCUAUAUUUAAAGUUUUGGUCACUUCAUUUUCUUUGUGAGGACCAACAGAACUGAGAUAUUUUUCUGAAAAUCUUUGUUUGUGUUCUGCAGAACAAAUAAAAUCAUACACCUCUAGGAUGCCAUGAGGGUAAGUGAUGAAAGAAUUUUCUUUUUUGGGUGAACUAUCCCUUUAUUAUCCUUUCAGGUGAAAAAUGGGCCAGACAUGUUCUUAACAGGCUUUGUGAGGUUCACUAUAUUGUACGAUAUCGGGAACUUGUGAUGGGUCAUUUCAAAAUCUAGUGUUGGUUCAUUAUAAAUGUAUUUGAUGUGAUGGAUGCAGAGAAACCAAAAAUUCAUAUGUUAAGUUUUUGUUUUGUAGCAAGAAUGAUUCUUUUCUUUUGACAACAGUACUGGUCUACAUUUAUUACAAUGAGGCCAUUUACGUUCAAUUUCAAUUACCGGUACGUUCAUUUCCAAGUUCAAUUUGACCCAUACAUCAGCUUAUUGCUGUUGAUUGACCGUAACACGUCACGUGAUGAUCAUGUGAUGAUGAUGUAAUGGGUGCUUUGCUCUUUAAGGAAUGUUCCGGGUUCAAUUCAAGUUAAGCUAAAUCGACAGCAUUUGUGGCAUAAUGCUGAUUACCACAAGAAAUAAUUUAGACUCGUUUCUCCUUUUCUUUAAAGAAAUUAAAAAACCAUGACAUUACACUGGGGACAAUGGAAGUGAAUGGGGCCAAUUUUUGGAGGGUUUAAAGGCAGAAAUGUGAAGCUUAUAAUUUUUAUAAAAGCAUUUGCAUUAAUUCUACUGUUAACUUGUUAUUUGAGCUGUAAAGUUGAUUAAGUUGUAAUUUUAGUAUUUGUUGACAUUACAUCGUCAUGGAAACAGUUGUAAAAUUGGCUAUAACUUUACACAGAAAAGUUUAGUAAGUGAUUUAUUCACACUAAAAUCAUGUGUACACACAUGUCCUUUGUUUUGUGGUUGCACUUUGAAAAAAGUGAGUAUUUUAAUGUUAACAAAUUGGCCCAUAUUCACUUCCAUUGUACUGCAAGUGCCUCACUGGAACCUCGAUUUUCUUAUUUAUUUUAAAGAAAAGGAGGGACGAGUCGAAAACAUUUUUGUGGAAAUCAAUAUUGUCACAAAUGCUGUCGAUUGAGUUGAACUUGGAACAUUCAAUUAAGCUCCUAAAAUGCAUGUUAUUUUUUUAUCACAAAUGAAAGUUGAGAAGUUAGAUUUGAUAAUUAUUCAUAUCAUGGAAUGUAUUAGAAAUAUGCUCCGUUGUUUCAGCAAUGAAAGAUAUAGUUAACCCUCCUGUUGUCCUUUUGGUCAAUUUUGAUCCAUAUUGAAAAACAUUCAAAAUGCAAAUAUUAUUGAUUAGUGUACAGUGGAACUAAAGACUCCCCUUUUAUUGUUGUCCCAAAGUGUAUUAUGAUGGGGGGAAUAAUGUAUACCAAAUAUUAAUGGAGCAACAUCAUUUUUAAAGAUAAAAAAUGUAUAUAUAUAUAUAAAUAUCUAAAAACUUGGCAAAUAUUGGACUAGUGUCUGUGUGUGGAUGUGCAUGUGUGCAAAACCCUGUUUUAGAGGAAAGUAUGCAAUUUGUGGGAAAGAUGCAGUUCCCCGUGAAACAGGUGGGGAAGUUAAAGACCAGUAUAGGGGGCUAGGGGCUAAAUUUGUAAUAUUUUUAGCUAAUUUUGAUUCAUAAAUGUAAAAAAAUAUAUAUAUAUUCAAAGCUGGAAAACAUUCAGAAAUUUCGAAGGUAAAUGGUCACAACUGGUUCUUCCCAUACGGGUCAAAAUUGACCAUUAACCAUUAAGACAGUGGAAGGAACAGUUUGUUUUAAAUUGUUAUUUCUCUUAAUUAAAAUGUGCAACAUCAAAAAAAUACUUAGGUUUUUAUUUUUAUGGUCUUGACAAAGUCACAAUGUUUGGUUUCAGUACAAAAAACUAUGUGGCAUUUAUAACUUAUUCUUUACCUGGCCUGGGUCAUAAAUGGCCAUAAGACAAUAGGAGGGUUCAGUUACAUGUACAUAUCACAGGCUUUAUGCUACUCAGGUGGUUUUGAUGGAUCAGAUGUUUCUAAAUGUGCAUUAUUGGGCUUCGGCAAUCUAGGUUGAGUUCUUCGAUGAGCAGUGCUCUGAUGUGCGUCAUUUUAUCCUUUUUACAAAGUCUGCACACUACACCGUGGCCUUACGAUGAUUUAAUAAAACAUAUG